GCGCUUGCAGGCAGCGGGUCGAGGCCGCAGGAAGAAGGCGGCGAUGGCACCGAGGAGAGAGUGGGACAGCACCAUCAGCGACCUGAGCGUGCACCGGGCCAGCCCGGAGGAACUCGCCCGGCGCCGGCACAGCCGCCUACCCAGGAACCGGCGGCCCGGCCUGCACAAACCCCGCUCGGCCCCCGGCCACCAGCCGCUGGUCAGCGAGCUGCUGCUGGACCGGCGGCAGCUGCACGACGUGCUGGACCGCUCCGACCGGGCCCUGGCUCUGGUGCGGGACCUGUUCGCCGACGGCCCGCGCCUGCACGCCGCUUUCCCGAACGUGACGGCGGCGCCGGGCGGGGGCGGCGAGGCGGCUCUGCCCACCCGCGCCUGGGGGGAGCGGCCUACUCAGCUGUCCCUCCUCAGCGAGUCGGUGAUGGACCCGCAGGCGCUCAACGACGCCAGCCCGGGCCGUGCGGAGGCAAGCCCCGAGGGCAGCGAGCAUCCGCGGGACUGGUCCCGGCGUGAGCCCGGCCAGAGCCCGGGGACUCCGUGUACACCGGAGCGUGAGGCCUCGGGGGACGAGGCUGGCCUCAACGCCGCCACGGCGAUCCAGAGGGCCCGCUCCGGAGGAGCUGAGGCGGCGGCAGAGCGCGGCCGGCUGAGCCUGGAGGGGCUGCGGGACACCAUCGAGCACAUCGACCAGGAGCUGGUGGAACUGCAGCGCCGGGCGGGGCGCGGGGUCGCCGGGCGGCCGCCCGAGAGGGGCCGAGGCCUGGCGGGCUUCACCGCCUCCUUGGUCGGCUCGCUGAGCAGGCUGACCCGCUGCCUGAAGGAGAACGAAAGCCAGCAGCGGCGGGAGAGGGAAGGCCGGCAGAGGCUGGCGGAAAGGUGCACCGAGCAGCGGGCGCUGAUCGAUGCGCUGACCGCGGAGCUUCUGAAAAUGCAAAGCGAGGUUAUUGCGACGCAGACCGCCCUGCAUCAUUAUAUGGUGAAGACCGACGAGGAGCUGCACUUGAUCAAACAAACGGUGCACGGAUCUCCAGGAGCAGGAAUGGACAAACCGAAGCCAAGAGAAAACAUUGAUGCUUGCAAAGUUGGUGCGGCAGCAUUGGAAGGAAGGAGUCUACAUGGUUGCAUUUACUGUGGCAGACAGGAUAACAGGAAUGCACCUAUUUUAAGGGCUGUACCAAAUGCUGCUGAACGUUUAGAAAGCGUAGAUAAUCAGUACGAGGGGAGUGUGUUAGAAAUAGCUGGAAGAGGCGAAUGUUUACCUGAGCACUUAUUUGGCUCUGCUAUAUUGCUUUCCCCCCCAAGACAGAGGAACAGUCAAAUAGCUGUAAGAUCACAAACUGCAGCAAAUUCUUGUCAAGAAAGACCUCUCGCUGAUAAUGUAUGCCUGAAAUCAAAUUGUGCUCAUCCUUUGCAAAUUGGUAAGGAAACUCCAACGUCUGUUGAACAACAAAGAGAAAACAAUUUCAUAGAAUACUUAGGGAUACAAAGCGAGCUGCAGCAAGGUCAACAGGAUCUUGCCCGGCAGUGCAAUUUUAGAGAUGCUUUAGAAGGACAAAGGAACUUGACUCCAGUUUUGCCUGUUAGUAAUUGGUCUGAAAUGCAACAACCAGGAACUGUUAAUGCAGUGCCAGGUGUUCUGGGAUUAAAGGAGAACAAAAUGGAAGCUGAAGCUUUGGACAAGUGGCUUAAACAUGAAGCAAUGCUUGCGCAAAUCACUGAGCUCCAAUUGCAGAAUUCAGCUCUCAAAGCCCAACUUAGCCAGUUCAAUAUUGAUAAAUUACCUAAUUCUGCACCACAAAUUGAAAAGUCUGUGCCCAGACCUUGUGAUAAUCUUCAGCAGAGGAUCACUGAGCUCAACCACCAGAGUGCUGAAGCACGCAGCAAACUUCUGAAGUUGAUUGAACAGCAGAGACAAAUUUCUGGUGAUUCUGCCUCACCACCCAUUUCUCCUAUUCCACCAGAAGGUACAUGGACAGAAACUGGCAGAAAAUCACUGGAUGUGUUGAUCCCUUUGCCCAAUGGAUUGGACUCCUCUUCAGAGAGUGCACCUUGUCCUGCUAGCGAAAUAAAUAACAAUAGAUUAACAGAUAAUGCCAGUAGAACUAGUUCUUCACUACAUCUGGACAAAGGUGAUGGAAAUAGAACACCUAUUACUCAAAGAUUGAAGCCAGAAAGAUUAAAAGAAGAAGGUUGGUUUGCACUGUCUACUCAUACCAUUUGACUCUAACUCUGAGAUUCCAAAUCUACAUUUGGGUGAUUGGACAACUAACAGAAGUGCUUUCAUAGCUGUAAAAAGAAAAAUACUGCACAUGCCAGACAUCAGAGUAUACGAACACCUGUUUCUAAAGGCUUGGCACCAGAAAUGUCAACUUGUACUCCCCACAGAUGAUGACUGAUAUGUUUCCAAAAUGUUGUCUUUUUCUUUACAAUUUCACAUUGCAUUUAUUUGUUUUACACUAUUUUAGCAGAGAAUUUGUAAUUUUAAAUUUCUGUGUGCUCCCAACAGUUACCUGUUACUAUCAAUUGUGUUAAUUAUUGAUUCACAGAGGCAAUUAGCCUCAAAGAAGCUUUUACAAUAGUUCAGAAAGAUUGAGAAUUUUCUUGCCUGUUCUCUGGUUUUUCUAAGUGUGUGAGAGAAUGGGGUGGGAUAGUGGGGGUGGAAGGUUUCUUACAGCAGUACUGAAUCAGCAAUGCAUUUUGCAAUGCUCCUGAUUUUUUGUUCCAUUGAUUUAGUUAAAAAUGAGCAUGAUUUGUAAAAUGAACUGUUGAUUCACUAGCAUGUGUUUUGUUUGAGGGGUGGUAGUGUGUGUUCCCUUAGUUGCAGAAAUCAUUUUCUAAUCUUUUUAUACGUGGCACAUGCAGAUGUAUUUGAGAGAAUAACAUUUUAUAAUAUAUUUUAAACGUAAAAAUAUAUUAAAUUUUUUAGUUCAAUAAAAUGCUCACAGUUUGUACAAAAAUAAAUCUUUUUUACA